AUGUCUCAAUCCCUCGGCACCAGCCCGCACCGGCAGCAGCUCAAGCCGCAUCGCAGAUCACACAGAAAGUCACGAAACGGCUGUGUUGAAUGCAAGCGCCGCCACAUACGGUGCGACGAGCGACGUCCCGCCUGUGCAAACUGCACAAUCGCAGAGCGCGCCUGCGUAUUCCCUCCUCCCGUCGAGGACCGGCCAUCAAAGACGAAGUCGUCGUCGUCGUCACCUCUGCAUCUGCAUUCGCCGCGGGGGCAGUCACCCUCACACCCCCCGACGUACACUCUGGCCGACCACCAGCGUCGGUCGACGACGGCGUGGGAUUCAAGCCGUGCUCCGACACCGCGGACGCAGUCCCCUCCAACGACGUCCGAGCCUUCGCCUUCGCCUCUGCCGUCGUUUGGCGAGUCGUUUCCACAGCCCUACGACUCGCCUUCCCCAGAUGCUCCGCUCUUCACGGCAGACCAUCUCUCCCUCCUGUACCACAUCACCCUCACCAAGGACAGCUUCCUCAUGGCCCCCGACCAGGGCACAGAUGUCGUUGAGAUCGCCAUCCGCCUCGCCUCCUCCCACCCGUAUCUCAUCGACGAGGUGCUCGCCCUCGCUGCCCUCCACAAAGCAACGACUGCCUCGCCAUCCGACUCGGCACACCUCCUCCACGUGGCCACCCAACUUCAAACCCGCGCCAUCAGGCGCUUCACCAGGCUCUCGUCCACACUGCCGCCCGAGGACAUGGCCUCCUCCAUCCCCCGCUUCCUCUUCGCGGCCACCCUGUCGCUCCACGACCUCGCAGACACCCUGUCCUCCGUCCGGACCCUCCACCACUCCCAGUUCCCCGUCUUUGUGAACCGCUUCGUCGACUGCUUCCGCAUCCACCACGGCGUCCGCGCCGUGAUACGGCCCACGUGGCAGCACCUGCUCACCUCAGAACUGGAACCUCUCCUCAGAGUCACCGAGAGAACAGGCACGGAGACGGACUACGAACCAGCCGUCGGAAAAGACUCCUCAAGGGGCCACGAAUGCCGCCCGCUCCACGACCUCCUGGCCUCCUCCGACCUCGGCCCGGCCACGGUCACCGCCUGCCGAGGCGCAGUCGACCGGCUGCAAUGGGCCUUUGACUUGUACAGGGACCUGUCCACCCCGGCGGCCGGGCCACACGCCACUUCGGCCUUUUCCGUCACGGUGGGCACCGACUACGUCGACGUGCUGAGGAGGCUGCAGCCCGAGGCGGUGGCCGUGCUCGCGUACUACGGGGUGCUGCUGCAUCAGUGCAGGCACUUUUGGAUUUUCGGCAACGCGGGCGCCUUUGUCGUGAGGGCCAUCGCCCGGAAUCUGGGUACCUACUGGCACCAGGUCAUGGCCUGGCCGUUGAGCAUGAUAGAGGAAGCCGCGGACGAGCGAGCAGACGCACCCACGCAGUAG